AGUGAAAAGAUAUCCAAUAGCACCAAGAUUUCACAUUAGGUGAUGCUUCAACAACGUAGGUGAGGACAAGAUUAUAGUUUAUCGAGAUAUAAGGAAAGCAAGGAGGUGAUGGACCUCAAACCAUUCAAGCUGGACAUUGAUGAGCUCAUACAGGAGUUUGCUGAGAGUGAAUCAACUACCUUGACUGAAUUCAAAAAGAUCUGGCUUUCGAGGAAGUUCUCAUUUAUAUUCGAGGCUAGACCUUCCUCUAACCAAGGUUUCUUUAUGCAGUCAUUGUAUGCGCAUUCCAUCGGUCACAUGAUUUCAGCAGGUUCUCUCUCAAUUAGAUUGGGUGGGCUCUACUGCUUGUAUUGCUUAUACGAAACACAGCCAUUCAAGACACCUUCCAAAAUUUAUUUGUCUCUUGGCGAGUUGAGGCAGCUCAAGACCCUUGCCCUUGAGGCAAAGACAAGGGGUGUGAAAAUGGUUUCUACUUUACUGAAGAGCAUGUUAGAAAGGAACAUGUUUCUUUUCGGGUUUGUAGGUGUAAAUGAAGACUCUGCCACAAAAAGAGUGAAUGAGCUUACGGAUAUACAGAAUGCUCGUGUCCAAACAGCUUAUAGGAAGUUGAUGUUGUGGCUGAAUAGGUUAUUUGCUGAUUCGCGACUGGGCCACUUCAUCCACAUGGACCUGGGCACGGAGCUUGAUGUCAAUUUGCUCAAGGAAAAGUCAUCUGAUUAUGCAUUGGCCAAGGAAAUUGCCAUUAAAGAGGCUGGCCAAAUGAUAGAUGUCGAAAAUAUAAAGCACAUAGUUGAAAACAAGAGAGUGAUAGGGGAGGUGGUGGAGAAGGCUGCUACAGAUUGGAAUUCGGAGAAAGAAAUGUUGUAUGAAAGAACAGGUCUUCCUGUUGCUUUACCUCAAGACAACGAAGAAGAAGAAGAAGAAGAGAACGAGUAUGCAAGUUACAAUCAGAAUAUGCAAAAUGGCAAUAAAGAAGAAGCUGAUACUUUUGGUAAGGAACUAGAAGUUUUAUUGGCAAAAGAGGGCUAAACAUUCUUGGGAAAACAUAUACGAUUAGUGGCAUUUUACGGCAUUUUUUGUGUGGGUCAUUACUUUGCUCUAUUUGUAUUAUACUAUAAUGUUUUUGGGCAAUUAAAUUUAACAUCAUAAAUUAAUUAAUGUAUUAAACAUAUUACUGUGGAG